CUGCGCUCGGCUCCGCUCGGCUCGGCUGGGCUCUGCUGGGCUCCGCGGCUGCACUCGCGCUAUGGCUGCCUACAGCAAGUACCUCACCGUGCGCCACUCCGCCAUCGCCGGCUCUGCCGCCGCCGCCUGCGCUCUCCUCUGCCUGCUCAACAAGCGGCGGGCGGCAGCCGCCCAGCACGGUAAAAGAAGUGGAAAGCAAGCCUCGCAGAACAAUGAGAAAGAAGGAAAGAAGGAGCGAGCAAUGGUAGACAGAGUGUUCAUUGCAAGAAUAUGUCGAAUCCUGAAAAUAAUGGUCCCUAGAACACUUUGUAAAGAGACAGGUUAUUUGCUGCUUAUUGCUGUGAUGCUGGUAGUCCGCACAUAUUGUGAUAUUUGGAUGAUACAAAAUGGAACGGUCAUUGAAAGUGCUAUCAUUGGCCGCAGCAGAAAAGAUUUCAAGAAAUACUUGUUCAACUUCAUCGCUGCAAUGCCAGCUAUCUCUUUAGUGAAUAACUUCCUGAAGUAUGGUCUAAAUGAAUUGAAACUUUGCUUCCGAGUAAGACUUACCAGAUACCUCUAUGAGGAGUAUCUUAAAGCUUAUACAUACUACAAAAUGGGAAAUCUGGACAACAGAAUAGCUAAUCCAGAUCAACUCCUUACACAGGAUGUGGAAAAAUUCUGCAACAGUGUAGUAGACCUGUACUCAAACCUUAGCAAGCCCUUCUUGGAUAUAGUUUUGUAUAUCUUCAAGCUAACAAGUGCAAUAGGAGCUCAGGGCCCAGCUAGUAUGAUGGCAUACUUGAUUAUUUCAGGGUUUUUCCUUACACGUUUAAGGAGACCAAUUGGCAAGAUGACUAUUGUAGAACAAAAAUAUGAAGGGGAGUACAGAUACGUCAACUCACGGCUUAUUACAAACAGUGAAGAAAUUGCUUUUUAUAAUGGAAACUUGAGAGAAAAGCAGACUAUUCACAAAACCUUCCGUAAACUGGUGGAACACUUGCAUAAUUUCAUCCUGUUCCGGUUCUCCAUGGGUUUCAUUGAUACUAUCAUAGCCAAAUACCUUGCCACUGUGGUUGGUUACCUGGUUGUUAGCCGUCCAUUUUUGAACCUGGCUGAUCCUCGUCAUCAGAAUAGCACUCAUGCAGAACUUCUAGAGGAUUACUAUCAAAGUGGAAGAAUGUUACUGAGAAUGUCCCAGGCUUUGGGCAGAAUAGUCCUUGCAGGCCGUGAAAUGACACGAUUGGCUGGUUUCACAGCUCGAAUUACAGAAUUAAUGCAGGUUCUGAAGGAUCUGAAUAGUGGCAAAUAUCAGCGUACUAUGGUAUCACAAGAAAAAGACGCAGAGAAAAAGCAAACUUUGCCUUUGAUACCUGGAUCUGGAGAAAUUAUCAACACAGAUAACCUUAUCAAGUUUGAUCAUGUUCCCUUGGUGACACCAAAUGGAGACGUUUUGAUUCAAGACCUUAACUUUGAGGUUCGAUCUGGUGCAAACGUACUGAUUUGUGGGCCAAAUGGGUGUGGGAAGAGCUCACUUUUUCGUAUUCUUGGUGAGUUAUGGCCUCUGUUUGGUGGGCGUUUAACAAAACCUGUAAGAGGAAAGCUGUUCUAUGUUCCUCAGAGACCAUAUAUGACUCUUGGAACGCUCCGAGAUCAAGUUAUAUAUCCAGAUACUUUAGAAGAUCAGAGAAAGAAAGGGAUUUCUGACCAGGUGCUGAAGGAGUACUUGGAUAACGUCCAGUUGGGUCACAUCUUGGAACGUGAAGGAGGCUGGGAUAGUGUUCAGGAUUGGAUGGAUGUACUCAGCGGGGGAGAAAAACAGAGAAUGGCAAUGGCAAGGUUAUUCUACCAUAAGCCCCAGUUUGCAAUUCUGGAUGAGUGCACCAGUGCAGUCAGUGUUGAUGUAGAAGGCUACAUUUACAGCCACUGCCGAAAGGUUGGCAUCACUCUCUUCACUGUCUCCCACAGAAAGUCACUCUGGAAACAUCAUGAUUUUUACUUGCAUAUGGAUGGCAGAGGAAACUACGAGUUCAAGAAAAUAACUGAAGACACAGUUGAAUUUGGAUCUUAGACAUGAACUGAACUGCACAGUUCCUGUAAUCAUCAGUCUCUGUAGCAGGGUGGCAGACAUUGUACAAUAAAACUACUAAGCUUGUUUUUUAAACAAAUUAACUAGGAUAACCCAAAACAAGCUGCUAAGUGUUUACUAUUAUGUAGGAUAUUGCUAAUUGUGUAUAUGUUGGUUUAAUUAUUGAUACAUACUAAGAAUGUCCUUAUUCUUGUGGUUUAAAAAACCUGCCUGAAUUCAAUUGGGCUUAAAUCGGUGUAACCUGAUUCAUCCUGGGAUGCAAACCAUUUGAAAUCAGCUGAUUUGACUUUUGUAGACCUUCUUUCCCUUCAGUGAAAAGCCCUGUUAAAAUUAGGGUUGCUACCUCUCUUGUUCCUGCAAAGCAGUCUUGGAUUGUUGCUCUGUUCUAUGCACAUUUCUGUGUUAUCUCACAUGGUGCAGGACAUCCUCCUGUCUUCAGAUCUGUGCCCUGUUAAAUGAAAGAGCUUUUUCCUUGACCAAGCCUUGUGAUGUAGCCAAUAUGCCCUUGCUGAUAAACAAUGGACCAAACCUAAAAGACAAAACUAAUUCCUUCUGGUUAAAAAAAAAAAUUUGUAAAAAAAUUGUAGAAAAAGCAGAAAGCUUGUUCUUUGCUGGAUUUUGUGUACUCUUUAACAUCUGUCUGUCCAUGCAAUUCUCUCUGCUGCCCAGCAGUCCCGUUCUCUCACAGUUUAGCAAGAGCUUUGUGUAUCCCCCCCAUUCUAACUGCCCUUUUUCUGCCAGAAAAAUACUUGGGUUGAGAGGAGAUUGGGGGAGAAAAGGAUUGACCAAAAAAAGGGGGGAAAAAAAAUGACGUUGUAUGAAACAAUCUAACAAAAGGGUGCAGGCCUUCAGCUCCGAAGAAAUGUGAAUGGCUCCCACAAGUGGAAACAGAGGAAAGAAUGUGGGUGCAAAUCCUCCUCUUGAAAUCAGUAAAGGUUAGAAUGGGCUCAAAAAUGUUGAUCUGUGAAAUUGCAGGCUGCUGUCUGUCCUGUAAUAGAGCAGUUGCUUUUUCCAAGUUCUUCCUUUUUUUCUCUCUUCCAAAAAUCAGAUAUGAGUUUGAAAGAAAGUGAUACUUACUGUUUGAUCUUCUAAGCUGUGAAGCCUAAAAUGGUGCUUUCAAUCCUUCACGUCUGUUCUCCUUUAUGUCAUGAAGUUUCUUGAUUUCUGAUCCAAAUUAUUCACUGAUGAUUCUCACUGUUGUCUAAGGAACUCUGUUCCCUGCUGGUUUUCUUGUUCCAGCUGCCAAAUGUCCCUGAAGAAGCCAAACUGUUUAAAUAGUUUACUGUAACCAUUUUUUUCCAUACAAAUGAUUCCUGUGAUUCCUUUGUGACUGACAAACAUAAAUGCAGCAAGGUGGGUUUUGUGAUCAGGGAAUGGGAAGGUACAACUCAAACUGUGUCACUGUUUAGGCUUUAAAACAAAAAUUUACAAUACCUGUUGUACAGUGAAGGUCUGGUAGUUAUUUAGGUGUUCCAUAUAGGAUAAAAUAUAGGAAUGCACUACAUUAAGGCAUGCAUACCAUAUGCAAUAAAUCUGUUCUCUGUGCAUCUUUUAUCAAGGAUUUAGAUUUAAAGUGAAAACAUUUUAUAAAAUUAGUAUGUACUUGGAUGCACUGCCGUCUGUUAAUUUUUACCUAUUUUGAUUUGCCGUCAUCUUUCACGUUGAAAUUGCUACCUGGUAAUAUUUUUCCCUUUACCGUAGUUCCUGUCCAGUACGUCAGUACUGCUGUUCUUUCACGAUACUCAAAUACGAACAGCUGUCCUGGUGUAAGAAUCUAGUGACCAUCGUAGAUUCGUAGUAGAAUCCGUCAGUGAGAAUCAAGAAGCUUCUCAGAAGUGUAGAGGACUCCAAGAUAAGGUACUAGAAUAGAGAAAGGUAAAUACAGGUAUCUCUCUUUCCUGUUUAUUCCGAUCCUCACAUCAGCCCCAACGCAGCAGGUAGCAGCAUGCUGUGGGGUGCUAACCUCUCUUUAACCAUGAAGAUGAGGAUGCCAGGUAGUGUGUUGUAUUUUUUUUGUUUGUUUGUUUGGGGUUGGUUGGUUUUUUUGUAUGAAAGUUCUCAGCACAAAUGCAACUGCUUCUCUUGGAAGGGAUGGUUUAGUGGCAUUUUAGAGAGACAAAGGAAACAAAUCUUUUAAAUUAGAGAGUUUCUAUUACUUUUGUGACUAGGACAGACUUUGUAGUGGAAUAAUAAACUUGGGAUACUUUAAUGUAUUUUUAACACUGGCAAGCAAGACCACACACAGCAUGCUUAUCUAGCACCCCAGCAGCCAGUCCCAAGGUACUUUAUAAUUCAAUUAAUUAAUAAUAGAGUUUUAUGUAAUCUCAGGUUUAUUUUAAAAACUAAAACAAAUACGACUCCAUAACCAAGGAGGAAUAGGUUUGCCUUUAGAUGCCAUGAAGUUCACUGAAACUGAGGAUACUAUUAUCUCCUUAGGGCCAGGACUUAGUGUUUCUAAAUAUUCUGGAAGGAAAGAAAAGUAUUCUGUGUUUGAUCCUGAGAGAGGCUUAUGAAGAAAAUAUAAGGAAGAAUGAUGAUGUAGUGUGACAUUCUUAAGAGGCCUUACAUUGAAGUAUUUUGAGAUAGACUUGGUCUCAUGAAAGAUUGUAAAAGAUCUAAUGAAAAUGAUCCAAGUCUCAGUUGUGUUGCAGAAUUGCACUGUGAUGCUCUUAUUUCAGUUCUUAUGUCUUUUUAAUAGCACAAGUUGAAAGUUUGUAAAUUGGAAUUCUGAGCUUGGCAUGACAAAGUACUCAUGAAUACUUUCAGUCUCAAACCGCUGGUGCUUUGAAGAUGGUACUGGUCAUAGUCAGACAGCUGCACUUCAGCAGUGAUGGGCAACAUUCCUGUAUGUACAUACUGUAAAGUGUUUUGGAGGAGGAAAUGGCGCUAUAUAAAUGCAAGAUAUUAAGUGCCUCUGAAAUAAUAAAUCUGAACAUAAAAUA